GUCUACCCUUAUCAAUAUGGCUGCGCCCACCAGCUAGGAACGUGUAUAAUCGAACAAGCGAUAUUGUUCUGUAACAUUGCGUUUUUAUUAAAAUCGCUUCCUCUUAGAAGCGAAUAUUUUUCAUAUUCUGUAUUCGGCAGAAGGCCUAUAGCGCGUUGUAUUUACAUCAUGGGCCGUAACAAAAGACAUAAGAAAUUCCAUCAUCGCCCCCAGCAAACGAACCAGAAGAACUAUGUCAAUACAGUUAGGGACAAUGAACUGUUUCAAAAAUUUUACAAGGGAUUACAUAUUAUGCCUGAAAAUGAAUGGGAUGAAUUUUACAGUCAGCUCAAAGAGCCUUUACCAGUCGUCUUCAGAAUUACUGGCUAUAAAAGUCAAGCCCAGGAGUUGUUGAAAAUUAUUCGCACUCAGUUUUUCAACAUGAUUGGAAAGUUCACUUCUUCAUCAGGCCUCCUGGGAACUGGAGAAAGUACCAGUAUCAUGUCCGAUACAAAGUUAUCAGAUCAGCUUAACCAGUCAUCUGCUAACAAAGACCAGUCUGCCACAGACAGCACAGUGUCUGCAAAAGGUGAUACCACUGAACAGGAAGUAAAAAAAGAUAGUGAUGCUGACAGUAAGGAGGGUCUGCUGAGAGAGAACAUUAAGCCCCCAAGAUGUCUGUCCUGGUAUCCUGAUGAACUUGCCUGGCAGGUGGAUCUUUCCAGAAAGGCUGUACGAAGUGAAGACAUUCUCAAUAAGUUUCACAGAUUUUUGGUCUGUGAAACUGAAAUAGGCAAUAUUAGUCGACAGGAAGCAGUCAGUAUGAUUCCUCCAUUGGUCUUGGACAUUCGGUCAAACAGCCGGGUUUUGGACAUGUGUGCAUCUCCAGGAUCAAAAACUGCACAGCUUAUAGAAUAUCUUCAUAAGGAUGAGUCAUCUGUUCCAGAGGGGUUUGUAGUGGCAAAUGAUCGUGACAACAAACGUUGCUACCUGAUGGUUCACCAGGUUAAGCGAUUGUCUAGUCCUUGCUGCAUGAUUGUCAACCAUGAUGCUGCUUUCUUCCCAAAAUUGCAGAGCACACUCGAUUCUGAAAAGCCACAAGCCCUCCUAUUUGACAGAGUCCUAGCUGAUGUACCUUGCAGUGGAGAUGGAACCAUUCGAAAGAACAUUGAUGUGUGGAAAAAGUGGACGCCAAACACAGGCUAUGGCCUUCAUGGGCUACAGUCAAAAAUUCUGAAAAGAGGGCUGGAGCUUCUUGAAGUUGGUGGGCGGCUGGUGUACUCUACUUGCUCAAUGCACCCUGCAGAAGAUGAAGCUGUCGUUGCAGAAAUAUUGCGACAGAGUCAAGGAUCAGUAGAAAUGGUUGAUGUCUCAGCUUCCCUUCCAGGAUUGAAGUAUGCGCCAGGUCUUUCAAAGUGGAGGCUCAUGACAAAAAAAGGUGAAUGGAUACACAGCAUUGAAGAUGUGCCACUGCACAUGAAAUCUCAAAUAACUAAAUCCAUGUUCCCACCAACAGCAGAAGAAGCAGAGCGGUUCAAACUUCAUCGAUGCAUCAGGGUGUUGCCACAUCAGCAGGACACUGGAGGUUUUUUUAUUGCUGUUCUGCAAAAAAUCCAGCCCUUGCCAUGGUCUCGAGAAGCAAGACUUGCCAAAGGAUCAGAAGGAAAGACUAGUCCUGAAGAAGAGAGUGGAAAUGUCGAUGAUGGAAUGGGUGACACUCCUGCUGCAUCUGAGACAAGUGGUGCUGCUUGUGAUCCUGUUCAGCCUCUUCCUGAGAAUAGGAAAAGAAAAGGAAUGACAGAGGAAGGACCUCAACCCCAAAAACAGCCAUUCAAGGGAUACAAGGAGGAUCCUUUUUUGUUCUUACAGCCUGAGGAUCCUGUCUGGGCACCUGUCAGAGAUUUUUAUGGCCUGGGUGAAGACUUUCCAGUAAGACAACUGCUAUAUAGGUCAGAGCAAGGCCCUAAACGAAGCCUCUACUUUGUUUCGAAGGCACUUGCCAACAUUGUGGAGAAUAACAGAGAUAAAGUACGGUUUGUUAAUAUGGGGGUGAAAACACUGAGUCGCAGUCCAUCGCCCGUUGUUCCUGAAUGUGACUUUCGAUUGGCACAAGAGUGCAUGGGAUCUUUGCGAGAUCUGUUUGCCAAGCGCAGAAUGUUCAUUACUGCUCAUGAUGCCAUUGUUAUAUUAAGCCAAGAAAGCCCAUUCUUUUGCAAGUUGUCCCCAUCCACACAGGAAGUGAUUGCAAAGACUGAUCCUGGGAGCGUGGUGUUCACUUUCAGACCAUCUGAGAGUGACUCUGAACCAAACUGUGAGGUCACAUUUUGUGGUUGGAGAGGCCGUACUUCAGUGCGCUCCUUUGUUCCAAGAUUUGAGCGAGAACACUACUUGCGCCUUUUUGGCAAGGAUCUUCACCAAAUCAAUGAAGAAGUUUGUCAGCAGAAGAAGGCAAAAGAAGAAGCAAAAACUGCAGCCAACAACUUAGGUAAUUUAGUUGAUGGAGAACUGUCACCAGAAGUGAGUGACGAUGACAUGUCAGGCCCUGCAGUAACAGGGUCAGCCUCCGUCACAAAAGACGAUGAUGAGCAGUGCUUCCCUGAGGAGAGUGACAGUGUAAAUGACGAGAUCUUGAAGGAAGAUAAGGAUUGCCCUGGUAUUGAUGGCACUUUGACCUCAGCCAUCAAAGAAAGUUCUAGUGAUCAGUAGGCAUCAUCUGUGUGUGUGUGUGUGCGCUGGUGUGAAUUUUAACAGCAUCGGAAGGUUGAAUUAAUGGAGUGCCCGUGGCCCUUUAACUCGCUGGACUUUGGCAGUUUGCUGUAAUUCUUACUGCUAUUGUGUUGAUGUGGUGCUGCAAAAGGUUGCAUGGCAACAGCAGCUGUACACAGGGCUCAGCAUUUAUGAAACCAUUGGAGAUCAGUUCUCUAUGGUAAACUGCAAGAGUAAUCAAGUAGUAAGUUUUGUGUAAGCUUCUAUUCCUUCUCUCUAGAAUCCAUCACUGAAGCAAUAUCUUCUCGUGCAUUUUGAAAGAAUUUUUGUGUGUGGUUGCUUUACUGCCUGUUGUUACUGAGUCAAAAAACAGUUUUUAAUAUCAAAGGAUAACUUCUUCAGCCUCAGCGGACCUAUAUGCAUUAUGAAAAUAAUGCUUUAUACUGAUUUAUAUGCACAUUCACUUUUUUAGAGGUGAACAUCAUGCCUGAAUGGUGCAUCUACCUCGAGUUUAAAAGCCCACUCUUUUUAUCUGACUGUAUCAAAUUUAUAGCAGCUACUGCAACAAUACAGUAAACAUCUGCCAAGAAAGA